AAAACAUCCGCGUGCGCGCAGCUAAAUCGUUUAACGUGCACAGCAAUUUGGAUUUGGUGUCAAGAGGUUAGGAAACUCAGGCCCGUGAGCACGUAGCAGAAAAACGCAGCUGUAACGAGGGAAAGGAAAACCGCCAGGAGCAACAAAGGACAGGAAGAGCAGGAACACAUUCCGAUUCCACAAGGGGAGGAGCCGAGGAAAGCAGGCCAGGAUGGGCGACUAUCACGAGUUCACGGACCAGUACAAGGUGCCGGUGAUAGCGAAGCUACUCCACGCCCUGCCCCACUACAACAUCACGUUCCACAAGAUCAACAGCACGUUCCGACCCAACGAUGAGAUCUACUUGGAGAGCCUGGGCAUUCUGGGCUCGGUUCCGGCUGCCCUGCUGAUCGUCUCGCUGCUGGGACUGCUCUUCUAUCUAAUGACCCGCUGCUGUGACCGGAAGCCGCGGCCAGCGCACUCGAUCACCAGCCUGAAGGUGGCCCUGUCCAUCGUGACGGUGAUGUGCUGUGCGGCGAUUGGGUUGGGAUUGUACGGGAAUGAUGAUCUGCACAAUGGACUGCUGGAGGUGCUGACGGCGGGCAGGAAGGUGGACAAUCUGGUCACGACCAUCCGGAAUCAGACGCACAUCUUGGAGAACACGCUGACGAAUCGCAUACGGCCGCAGCUGGUGGAACUGGCGGACAUCUUCGAUCAGCCGGUGUCGAAUCAAACGGCCCUCUCUAAGCUCUUUGUGUCGCUCAAUAUUGUCCAGGGAAACGUUACCCUAGCCACGAAUGCGGCCAGCGAUAUCCGACGACCCCUGAUGGGCAUCUCCAUGACUCACUUCCUGACGCGCGGCGACCAAUGGGAACUGAUCCGCUGGCCGGGCACGGUGGCCACCUUGGCCCUGCUCCUUGUGUUGUGUGCCGUACUGCUGGUGGGCGUGGCCCGGCACUCGCGUUGCGCCCUAAUCCUGUUCAGCGUGUGCGGCUUGCUAGCCGUUACCGGUUCCUGGCUAAUGUCCGGUCUGUAUCUCUCCUCCUCGGUGGCUGUCGGCGAUCUGUGCAUUUCGCCAGCGGAUUUCCUGGUGUCCACGGCUCCCAGGGACCUGCCCACGAAUGUGCUACUGCACUACACCCAAUGCGAACCAGGUCACACGAAUCCGUUUACCCAACGCCUGAGGGAAUCACAGAAUUCCCUAAACAAUGCUCGCAGUGCCAUGGCCACAGUUAUGAAGAUAUCGCUGGUGCUCUUCAAAUCCUCGGGGCUGCAGCCCAAGUUGGGUGCUGUGAAUGCCGAUCUGAAUAGCAGUGAGAGAUUGCUGACCCAACUGACGGCGCUCGUAGAUUGCAAGGCAGUGCAUCACAAUUUUUUGGCCGCCGCUCGAGGACUUUGCGAGGGAGGAUUACUGGGACUGGUUCUUAUGCUGAUAGCCAGCUUUAUUGCCGCCAUUUUGCUUACUAUCAUGGUGUGGGUGGACUCGCACACGUGGAUUUAUAUACGCAAACGGAAUGACUACGCCCAGGUGGAUGAGCCGUCGUAUAUUUCGCAUCCGGCACCGCAGAACCACCAGCAGAUGAUGAACGCCGCCAGGACAUUGCCGCGAAAUCAUAAUGGGCACUUCAGUCCGCCGGUGAUCAGCGGCUCCCAUACGCUCCAGCAUCCCAGCAAGCGCCAGCAGCACGAGAUGAUGGCCCACGCCCACAUCCAGCAGAACAUGCGCGCCAUGGGCACCCACACGCUGGGCCGGCUGCCGUCGCACAACCACAGCCCCACCCACAUGACCGGUCCCAAUAAUGCAGCAGCAGUCGCAGCAGCAGCAAACGCCGCCGCCAACAUGCCGCCGACCACGCAGGCCGCCCAACAGCAACAGCAGCAGCAGCAGGCACAGCAGCAACAGCAGCAGGCACAGCAACAGCUGGGAGGACCACAGCCCAUCUACUGCCAUCAUCCCCACCAGCAUCCACAUCCGCACCAGCAUCCGCAUUCGCACUCGGCCGCCGCCGUGGCCGCUGCCGUGCAGCACCAGCAUGCGAUCUACCACCAACAGCAGGCGCAGCAAUAUGGCACCUAUACCACUGCGGCCCACCAUGCACCGCAUCACCUGGGGCCGGGCCAGAGCCAGAUCUACCAGCAGAUUCCGGCGCAUUUGGCGCCCCAACUGGCGGCCAAUGGCAAUCCCCAUUCCAUAUAUCAGCCGCUAGUUGCUGUUAGCCAGGGCUCCAUAUAUGUAUCCAAUUUGGCCACAAUGCGUCGCCAGAACAGCCAGGGUGGCCCACAGAUACCGGCGCACCAGCAUCCACCCAGCUUGCAUCAGCAGCAGCAGCAACCACCGCCCCCCUCGCAGCAGCAGCAACAGCUGCAUCAGCUCAAGUCCCCGCAGCAACACCAGCAACAGCUCCAGCAGCACCAGCAGCAGCAGCACCAGCAGCAGCAACACCAGCAGCAGCAACUUCACCAGCAGCAACAGCAGCAGCAACAUCAUCAGCAGCAACAGCAAAACGAAUCGGAUGUCGUGCCCAUCAGCACGGCCAUGGAUAGCGCCAUUUAUGAUCGGGAUAAGCAGAUCUACAAGUGCUCCACUUUGCGGCAAGGCGGCAAGUUUGAUCCCAAGUACAAGCCAUCGAUUCUCAACUGCCCACUGCCGGAGAUCCCCAAAGAUGCGGAGCAGCCCAAGGUGGAGUCCAUCUACGAGCAGCGUCAGCAGGCUCACCACCAAAACUACUCCAAGACCCUGCAGCGUCCACCGAUGAAAUUGCCGCCCCAGAUGAAGGCUAUUCCUCCGCCGCGCAUUGGCACGCCCACCUCGCCGCCCCCGCCCGUCGCACAGCCGCUGAACGAGGCCAAUGGAGGAGUGCCGUCGGGUCUGCAGAACGGAGGAGGCGGUGUAGGAGGAGGAGGAAACGCCAACGAGGACACCUCGCUGCCGCCGCCGCCGCUGGAAGCGCAAACGGAGGCGACAAAGGGCCGAAUGGGAGCAGGACCGGCGGCCAAUGGCAAGGUGCUGCACAAUGGCGGAGGCGGAGGAGGCGUACCCGGUGGGGGCGGAGGAGCGGUGGACGACGAUGAUGAUCUGCCGCCGCCACCGCCAGCGAUAACCGACGAGAGCAACUAUGCGGUGACGGAGCUGUAAGAUGGUUGCUGCUAAAACCACAACACCCAGUGAAGGCAGGCAGGACAUAUAAGACAGGAAUUGGUCAGGACUUGGGAUUGGGGCGUCUUCCUAGAACUCGGAUGUAGGAUAGGUAAACAUAUAUCGAGGGAAUCGGGGAAAUGGGACUAAGUAUUGCUGGAGCGGCGAGUGUUCCUUCUUGAUUUGUUGCAUUUAACGUACAUUUAUCGUAUCGUAAUCGUAUCCUAGACCGGAGUCCUGCGUUUCGUCUUUUGUACAUACUAUACACCGAACUAUACCCGAACAUUCCAAGGAAGUCGACAUGAAGUGACAUGGAUUGAAACACAGAUACUAGACACCCGCAGACAGACAGAUGGACGGACGGACACAUGUAACAUAUAUCAGCGAUCUAU